ACAGCACACGCAUCCCUGUCUCACCAACCCGUUGUCGCGUUUCUCCGUCCCAAGCUAGAACCUAGGGCCGCCACAGAGGUCGGCAUUUGGACAUACAUUAGCCAUCGCUGCAGAAAGCUGCACUCCGUCUUUAUUUGUUUCAUUUCCCUGAAUCUGCGGUAGGCCGUUGAAAACUCCCACCAACAGCAAGCAAUGGAGCGGGCGACCGAGCUACCAAAUUAGCGACCGCGAUAGUUAUGCAGGUCAAGCGCGUACAUAAGGAUUCCGCAGCCGAUUGCUCUUUAACCCCAAAGUCGCUACGUUUCCUAUCAGCCUUCUAUCCUGUCAGCAUCCCAUUAUUCGAAUCUGCUCGACCGCCAUUGCGACAACUUGUCGUUGCGACUGCUUUCCGAAUCUCCAUUCAGUCACACUCGAUAAACGCGUUCGGACCAUCUCGGUCCUUCUAUUUCCCACCUCUAUCGAGAGUGGCUUUUCCAUCUCAUAGGCAACACGCCUGAAGAAUACAACAGUCGGCGCCCUCUACCGAUCGCGUUAUCUCUGUAUCGUCCCACAAUGGCCAGUCAUCGUCCUCUGCAUUCCCGGCGAAUCGUACUGCGCGUGCUUCUAUUCUCCGUUCUCCUCGGCUUCUCCUCGGCGUUUCGGCUUCCUUCGAAACUACCGCGCGUCUCCACCCCUUCCGCCUCAUCCUCCACCGCGCUCUACGUAGUUCGUCUCCGAGCGGCGCCUGUAGCAGCGCAAACCCUCGCCAUUGACGGAGUUUCCUUCUACGGCUCCUCUCCCAACGUCGCCCAAGCCGCGGCCGCCGAAACCGCCGCUUCUGCCGGUACAGCUGCCACCGCUGCCGCCGCCGCUUCUGGCGGCGACGUUGUCCGGCCGGCACAGGGAACGGCGGCGGUGGCGGCGGCGGCGGCGGCGGUCGGUAGCCGGUGGUCGCGCCGGCCGCGGCGGUUCGACGUGCGGUCGAAGGUGGUGCGGACGCUGGUGCGGUGGCUCGGGCAGCAGCAGCAACGAGUCGCGCGAGACGUGAACCUGCCGCUCUCCUCCGUAGUGCAUAGUUACCGCUACGUUACCAACGGGUUCGCCGCGACGCUUACAGCCGGCCAGGUCCGUCGGCUGCGCAAACAUCCGUCAGUUCUGUCGGUCCAACUGAGCCGGCGCGUGUACAAGGCGACGACCGACACGCCCACGUUCCUGCAACUGCCGAGCACGCUGUGGGCGGCGGCGGGCGGGCAGAGCGGCGCGGGGGAAGGCGUGGUGGUGGGGAUCGUCGAUACUGGCAUCUGGCCGGACCAUCCUUCCUUUGCUGACGAUGGCUCCUACUCUGCGCCGCCCAGCACGUGGCGGGGCGCAUGCCAGACCUCCGCGGACUUCCCCCGCUGCAACCGGAAGCUCAUCGGCGCGCGCUACUUCGUCUCCGGCUUCCGCCGGGCCUACGGGCGCGAGAGCCUCUCCGGGGACUGGCUCUCCGCGCGCGACGCCGACGGGCACGGGACCUGGUGCGCCAGCGCCGCCGCGGGCAACGGCAACGUGAGCGUGGCGCUCGAGCGCGGGCAGUCCGCGGGGCUGGCGAGCGGAAUGGCUCCGCGGGCACGCGUGGCGAUGUACAAGGUGUUUUGGUCGAAUUAUAACUCGGGGGGCGUGAGCGCGACGUGGGCGGACAUCGAGGCGGCCGUGAAUCGCGCCGUGGCGGACGGCGUGGACGUGAUCAGCCUGUCGCUGGGCGGGCUGGACCCCAGCGCGACCUACUUCAGCGACCUGCCUUACUUCUACGCCCAAGCGGCGGGCACAGUGGUGGUCUACGCAUCCGGCAACGAGGGCGCACCGCCCUACAGCUCGUCCAUCUACCGCACCAUUUCCAACUUCUCGCCCUUCUACCUCACUAUCGGCGCUUCCACCGUCUCCCGCCGCUACCUCACGAACCUCACUCUGGCGGACGGCACCCUGCUCACGCUAGAGGGGCUGGGAGGCGGGACUGUGAACACUCAGGGCGUGGGCAUUGUGGAUUCCCUCCUCGCUAAGCUGUCAUCCGUUACAAACUUCAAGGCGCAGAACUGCUACGGCGCGUCUCUGGACGUGGCGAAAGUCUCGGGACGGAUCCUCGUGUGCCAGUACGGCGGCGGGAUAACAAUAGACACCAAAGUAACCGAAGCAGUGGCACGGGGGGCGAGAGCGCUACUGGUGACAAAUGUACCAGAGAGCGCAAGAUACUUCCUACCCUACGAUUCCCGCCUGCCAGUGAUGUAUGUGGACGCUGCUGCAGCCACCACCAUCCGCGCGUUCAUCAGGUCCCAGACCGCCCCCACUGCCAGCCUGGCCUCCUCCUAUGUAACCGACAACUCCGCUGCGGUUGCUCCGGUUACCGCCUCGUUCACCUCUGCGGGGCCUGUGGCCAAUCCUUCUGUUGCCGUUGCCGCCUCCUACCCCACGAACGACAUCUUGAAGCCGGACGUCAUUGCACCAGGUGUGUCUCUCUGGGGAGCGUGGCGGGGCGCAUCUCUCGCCAUGAAGGCGACUGCUCAGUUUGACAUGAUUUCCGGCACCUCCAUGGCCACGCCUCAUGUGGCCGGGAUCUCUGCUCUCCUGAUGCAGCGGAACCCCACAUGGACUGCCGCCCAAGUUAUGUCUGCAAUCAUGACCACCGCCAGCACGACCAACAACCUUGGGAAUCCCAUCACCACGUCAUCUGGAGCAGCUGCCACCCCCUUUGACAUGGGCCAGGGGCAUGUGAACCCAGAGAAGCUUCUUGAUCCGGGCUUGACUUACCCUGCUGCCGCUGCCCAUGUUCUGAAUUUUCUCGCCGGGCAGAGCCUCUCAAAGACACGGCUUCUUGUAUCGAGCAGAACGAAGCUCAAGGCCAUCCCGGCGUACAAUCUCAACCGGCCUCAGAUUGCAGUUUCAAGGCUCCGAGGCACAGUGAAUGUUACACGAUGGGUGGUGAACGUGGCUGGGACUGCGUCUAAUUACACGGGAGUAGUGGUGCCCCCUCAAGGCGUGAGUGUGACGCUUUAUCCGCCUUCGUUUGUGAUCGAGCCUGGCAAGACUCAGGUCUUUAUCGUGGAGCUGAAGGUUACGAAUGUGUCUUCUUCAGGCUUCUCUUUUGGCAGUCUGACUUGGAAUGAUGAAAUCGGGCACUCCGUGCGCUCGGUGAUUGCCGUGCAGCCCGCAUCCCUGUAGCAUACAAGACUCGUGUGCAUGUGUCUUCUCUGGGCAUGCUUGUUGAAGCCUACUGGCAAGGGAAGGGAGCAAUUAGUCUCCUUGUCUAUUUGCAUGUGUAAUAUAUAAUAAGGUCCCUU